AAACGGUGCAAAAGUUUCGAUUUAAAACAAGUCUUCGAAGACAGCAUCGACGUUUCACAUAUUACAGAAGCAAAAGCUAACAUUGCAAGAUGGCAAAAUUGCAAUAUCACUUAAGCAUCGUGCUUAUGUCGUGUUUUGGCAUAUUCACGGGAUUGGAAGCUCAUUCAAAACAAUCAGAAAACGACUCCACGAAAUUACGACUUAUCAACACGGUGUUCAGACAUGGCGAUCGGACGAUGGAAAUACAAUUAGGAGAAUCGUAUCCAAAUGACCCAAACAAAAAUUUCAAUAGCUAUCCUGAUGGCGAUGGUCAGCUGACUAACGUUGGCAAGAAAAGAGCAUAUGACUUAGGAGUAGUACUGAGGAAGAAAUACAAUGAUUUUCUCGGAGAUGUUUAUUAUCAACCAAAUGUCCAUGCGCGUAGCACGUCUUUCCCGAGAACUAAGAUGACGCUACAGUUAGUCCUCGCAGGACUUUACCCUCCUGCACGUAUUCAAAAGUGGCAUUCAAGCCUAGCUUGGCAACCUGUGAAUAUUCAAUAUACGUUUGUUAGAAAUGAUGGUCUGCUGUUUCCGGCUUACUGCCCCGAAUACCAACAAAAGCUGUCGGAAAUCGAACAAACCCCAGAAGUGAUAGCGCAAAUACAACAAUAUGAAGAUUUAAUGAAAGAGACGUCAAAGUAUACAGGGAAAAAUAUGACCAGCGCGUUUGACCUCUUUAUUCUAUUUAACACUUUUGUUACGCAAAAGUACUUGGGCUUACCUUUGCCCGACUGGGCGGGAGAUAAAUGUCUACAGAGUAAAUUGUUCGAUGCGGCUAUUUUCUAUUAUAACUUAAUGAGCUACAAUGACGAGCUCACUAGACUUAAUGGAGGCAUAUUGUUACACAGAAUGAUCCAAGAUAUGAAGGGAGUGAUCAAUGGAACUUUAGUAGAUAGAAAGAUCAACCUCUUCUCCGCACAUGAUAUUAACGUGGUCGCUAUGCUUAAAGCUCUAGAUAUAUACGACAACACUUUUCCGUCGUUUACAAGCACCGUUAUCGUAGAAUUGCACGAGAAGGACAAUAAUUAUUUUGUCAAGGUGUUACGUUAUUUGGGUGAUCCAUCUCAAAUGAUCGAAGUGCGCAUUCCUGGCUGCGAUAUGUUAUGUCCGUACGAUAAAUUCGUCAAAUUGAGAUUAGCAGCAACCGCAACGGAUGAAGAAAAUCCGAAAUGCCCGAGAACGCUUUUAGAUCAUCUAUAAGAACGUAAUAUACGAUAUAAUAUAAUAUAACACACAUUCUAAAGUCUAUAUCUAAAUUUAAGUCCAAACAAAUUGGAAAGUAUCUUUUUUGUUAUUACAUGUAACAAA